UCUUACCUUGUAAAAGUCCUUCUUCCAGCAUAUCAAACUCCAACACACACCAAAAUGGCUUCCACAAACGGCACGGCCGCCCCAACGGACAUCUUCGUCCCCGACCAGCUCUUCCACACCCUCCUCACCGUCGUCGACUUCUCCCACGACUCCUCCGGCGCAACCCGCACCCCCUUCGUCCUCAAGUCCCACGGCACCCUCGACGCAGCCAAGGCCUUUGCCCGCCAGUCCCUCGAGACGCUCGGCUUCGCCCCGGAAGACUUUGAGCUCUACCGCGUCCGCGAACCCCAGGACUCAUCUUCCUCGUCGUCCUCCACAUCAUCAUCCCGCCCCUGGACCCACGGCGACGGCGUCCUCGUCUUCGCCAGAGCCUUUGACGGCAAGGAAUUCAUCGUCGGCAUCGACACAGCCCCCAACAACGAGUCCCUCGCCGCCUCGUCUUCCGACGGCGAGCUCCGGCUGCCCGAGGGCGCCCGCUUCCUGCACUACGUCCUGCAAAUCACAAUCGACUACAACGCCGACCGCAGCGGCGCCGCGCAGACCACCGAGAUCCAGGGCGCCUACAUCCAUCGCGCCGACGCCUGGAAGGCCGCCCAUCUCUGCCUCGACCCGGCGCAGUACGCCGAGUUUGACCGCAGGGGCGACGCCCAGUUCAUCGAGGAGUGGCCCUAUGGCGAGGAUGUCGCCGUUCAUGCCGUUUCCGAGACGGGGCAGAACUCUUUCGUUGCGGUCAAGAGGCCGCCUGAGCAGAGACAUGAGCUCAAGCCUCACAAUCUGAAGAAGAAGUAGCCGUCAUCAUUUUCUUUACGGGGUUCUGGGUCCGCGGGUAAGGAUUCCAAGUGGCUUGUAUGAUGCUAGUCGUGUCAGACAGUUAGGUAGCUCUAGUGUUCCGG